GCAAAGUUUAAAAGUGAAGAGAAGAUGAUUGAAGAGAAAGAGGCGAAAGUCAUUAGAAUAUUAUCAAUGAAUGAUAAGCCGACAAAACCUUUGACUAAAACCAUUGAUGCGUUGCCUAAGAAAUUGAUUCCUAAGAAGAAAGUGAGUCCAAAGCAGAAAGAAGUUUCGCAGAAACCACAGAAUAAGGCAAUUGACACGAAAGUCAAAUCCGAAGAACCUUCUCAAGCGAACAAAGCUAAGCCUUUGAUCGCUCCUAAGUCCGGAAGAUCCACGAAACAAGUGUUAACUGAAAUUAUGGAUCAGAUCUUUGAGAAUCCAAACUCUAUUCCCUUCCAAACCAUAGAUCACAUCCUAUGGCCGACGUAUCGCAAAGAGAUCAGUGAUGCGGAUCUCAGUCUCGGCUCUAUUCGCGAGUUAAUGGUGACGGAGAAGAUGUUUACUUUCAGACGCUUUAAUUCACUGAUGAAUAAUGUGUUUGAAAACGUAAAGAUUUUUUUUAAACAUAAAGAGGACGAGAUCUACGAAAUGGCCAUCACUUUGGAGAAGUAUUACUGUAAGAAAAUGGUGGAGCAGUUUGGAGACUCGUUUAGAGAGCCCGAAGUGAUCGUCAGUGAUGGCGAGGACUCGGAUGACAAUAAGCCGAAGGUUUCGAAGGUUAAGCCAAAGUCGACUCCAAAAACGGUGACAAAUAAGUCUCAUGAAAAUGAUGAUAAAGUGAGUGAUAGUCACAUAUCUGCCGCCGACUUCACUACUAAUGAUGUGUCGGUUGUGAUAACGUCCACCAAUUCUAAGAGAACCACACGUAACAUACAAUCAUUGAGUAAAAGUGAAGUUAAGUCCAGUAAAAGCACUGUCGAUGUCAAUGGCAAGGAUAUCGUGAAGAGCACUGAGAUUACAAAAGUGUCUAAAGAUGUUGUGGAAGAGUCUAAUGAUCAGGAAUUAAGUGUUACACCAAAAAGGAAAUCUCAAACUAAACCCAUAUCUUCGUUACCAAAACGAUUGAAAUCUAAUGGAAAGCUGAGCGCCAAUGAGGACAUUGGCGUGAAUUCUCAACCGAUAAAACCUCGAAAGUCAUCUCAAGACUCAUCAAAUGUUGUGGCCAUAGAUAUGGACGCUCUGUCCCCAGAAGUACAAAAGCAAGCCAUCGUUGAGACGCCAAUUAACAAAGAGAUUGAAACGGACAACACGUUUGCGACCGAAUCGGAUAACAAAUCUCUGUUUUGUUUAUUUUGUGACCAAUUCUUUGGUGAUAAGAACGAAGCCGUGACUCACUAUGUGAUGCAUUUGUGUCCACUGAAGUGCGUGAACUGCAACCGACUGUUCGCCACAUACGACCAGUUCCUGCGAUCCCACGACUGCGGACGCCCCAAGACUCCCCAAUACAUUGAGUGGUCGCGACAUUAUAGCGACACAAUCGUCUGGAUCAACCNCAUCAUGGCCUUCACUAUGACUAUGAUAUUCGUUGCAUUCAAUGUACAUAUUCUCAUGUCUCCAAAUCAUUAA